AACACCAGAGCAUCCUCACCCUCCUGGCCCCGGGCCUCCUGCCAGCCUCCCAGGAGUUUUUUUUUUUGUCUGUGUGAAUAAAUUAGAACUUCCGAAACAAACCCUCUGACCGCCCUCCUCCUCUAAGGCAAAACAAAUCCUGCCUGGCUUGGACAGCACGUGGCCGUGUUUGCUCCCUCCUUGCCAGACUUGCCCGAAACAAUCUGGCGAACUUGUCUCUCUCAGGUUUUGGGGAUGUUUCCUGGGGUUUUGAGGCUCAUUUGGUGAUAGGAAACUUCAUGUUUGGACUGGAAGCUUUUCUUGCUGGCUGCGUGGGAGCAGCACAGGAUGUGACUCGGGCUUCGGGCAGGCGACAGCCCGGCACUUGGACACCAUGGGCUUUCGGGUGUUCGCCAGCGUGCUGGACCUGCAGAGUCCUGGUGCCCAGGAGCUGCGCCGGAGCUGCUCGGCAAGGCUGACACUGCUGCAGAUGGACCUGACCAAGCCGGACGACAUCCAGCGUGUCCUGCAGCACAUCCAGGCCCACACCAACAGCACAGGACUCUGGGGCCUGGUGAACAACGCCGGCUUCAACGACACCAUCGCUGACGCCGAGCUCUCGCCGCUGGGCAAGUUUCGCACCUGCAUGGAGGUGAAUUUCUUUGGCUCCCUGGAGCUCACCAAGGGGCUGCUGCCCCUGCUCCGCUCUGCCGGCGGCCGCAUCGUCACCGUCAGCAGCCCCGCAGGAGACAUGCCCUUCCCCUGCCUGGCAGCCUACGGGGCCUCGAAAGCAGCCCUCAGCCUGCUCAUGGACACGUUCCGCAGCGAGCUCCAGCCCUGGGGAGUCAAAGUCAGCCUCAUCCUGCCUGGCUACUACAAAACAGGGACGACGUGCGACCCAGCCUUCUGGAACCUGCAGAAGCAGCAGCUGUUGGCCAGCCUGCCCCAGGAGCUGCUGCAGGCCUACGGCGAGGACUACGUGGAGGAGAUCAACCACCAGUUCAUCCAGUUCAUGAAGGUGGCGGUGGAGGACCUGAGCGCGGUGGUGAACAGCAUCACGGACGGGCUCCUGGCUGCCAACCCAGCCGUGCGCUACUACCCAGGGCAGGGCCUUGGGCUCAUGUAUUUCAUACACCGCUACCUGCCCUAUUUUGUCCGAGACUUGUUCCUGAAAGGAUUCUUCAUCAACCCCAAGCUGCCGCGAGCGCUGCGGCGGGAGCACCACAACGAUGUGAAGAAGGCCUGACCUCGGCCCGCGCGUGGCCUCUCCCGGGAUUUCCAGGUGCGCCGGCCCCCGAGCGCGCGCGCGGCCGGAGGCAGCGCCCUCCUGCACCGUGGGGGGAACAAUCAGCACUAGACGUUAAAAACCAAAUUUCUUUCCAAAAUCAGGUAGAUCUAUUUUCUAUUGUGCGAGAAUCAACAUUUUCUAGAGACCUUGGUUUUUUGUAUUUUUUCUAACCGUGCAUCCUCCAAGGGGCCCAUCCCUGCCUGACUGAGCAGCUCCGCAGGCUGGGAUGUACCUCGGGCAUUUCCUCAGCUACCCACCAUCUUCCGUACUGCUCUCAGAGCUGUUCGUCUCCGUCACCUCUUGGCUGGGUCAGGGCUGGGACCCUGUGGCUGCUGCCUCCCUGCCACUCAUUACACACUCCACGUGCUCCCGGCGAGCGCAGGGGCCGAGGCCGGGCUGCCAGUGCUGCAGAGCUCUCCACAAGAUGAACCACGUGAUUGUCACUUUUUCAAUAAAGCCGUUCUUGAUAUUCCAGCA